CGAGAUGCGUUCCGAAAGUUGCAAGAAAACGAGCACUUAUUGUUAUGUCUAUGACCGAACACAUAUGGGCCAAUCUAUUCGAGUCGAGAACUUUGAGAUUUGGAAUCAUGUUGUUCAUCAAUUUCCUUGUUAUAAUUUGUAUAAUAACAAUAUCUACGGCACACAAAUUAAAUGUACCUCGAGUUUUACUACCUGUAUUCAAUAAUUUUGCUGUAAAUUUCACGCUAGAAGUAACGGAUGAUGGCUGUUACAAAUGGUCUUCUUCUCGUUCGGACAUCAUACAAUUGAUUCCUGUAAAUGAAAAUUUUGAAAGAACAUGCUCCUCAGCAGUAUUAAUUCAAACUAUAACAAGAGAACCAACAAGGAAUACUGCUAUUGUAUUAGCUGAGGAUAUCAAUACUGGUUACUUUUUACGAUGUGAUGUCAUAGUAGAUGCGAUUUUUUCCUUAAAUCUUACUACUACUACAAGAGAAUUAUAUAUUGAGGAUAUACCUGAAGCAUUUGAAGUACGAGCAUAUGAUGAACAAGGAAACCAGUUUACAACUUUAGCUGGUAUAGAAUUUCUAUGGAAAAUUGGUGAUGCUGAUAAACGUAUACCAUCUGAUACUAAAUCUACAAGUAAGGUAUUGCGUUUCAUGACUUAUGAAGAGUCACAGUAUGAACGACCUAUUAGUGUGGCUGCUUUGGACAGUAUUGGUAAAAGGGGUCAUAUUGUUCUUAUAGAAGGCAUCAGGACUGGUACAGCUAAGGUAUCUGUCAAAUUGCCACACUCAGAAUACAGGCAUGUUCCACCCAUAGAACUUGAAUUAAUUGUUAUUGCUAACUUAAUUAUUAUACCACCAGAAAUAACAAUAAUGGCUUAUGACAGUUUCAAAUACAAGAUAAUGCAUACUCGUCAAGGACGGUUAGAAGAAAUUAGCCUGCCUUUGAGCCAAUAUUAUCUAAAGGCUGAGAAUUCUGAUAUACUUGAAAUCGAUAAUAAUUACGAUCUCGCAUAUGCUCGUAAAAUGGGACGUACGAAGGUGUUUUUACACGAUAAAAAUGUUCGCGAAGAAUAUUCGGUUAUUCUACCUUCCGCCACAGUUAACGUACACGAAGUAGUCAAGAUGUCUCUUUCGGUUCUGCCGAAUAGAAAUUGGGGAUUGGUGUUAGGUCACACUCAUGAGAUCGUCGUUGAACUGUAUGAUAGCAAGGACCAUAAAUUCUAUAUCGGAGAAGGUGUGGAUGUCUUCAUGAAGAUAGACGAACAAUAUUUCAAGCCUAGAUUGAUAACGCAAAAUGGCACUUACGUUGUUGGAGUGCCGAUUACCUGCGGAACGAUGACUGUAGAAGCAACAUUGCGCGGUAUAAUUGACGAACGCGGCAGAAGAAUCACGUCUAUGCCACAGCUUUUCACGACGGCUGAAUUACUGAUACACGAACCGGUGAAAGUUCAUCCUCGCGUCUUGGCUAUCCCAUGGGACGCUGCUAACAAAUCUAGAUUUGAUAUAACAUUGAAGUCGAACGGUGGAGACGGCUCGUACGUUUGGUCUAGUAGACAACCAUCGAUAGUGGCCGUCUCCCAGAACGGUGGUAUCAGAAUUCUGUCGGCAGGCUCGGCCGAGGUGGUCGUCGCGAUGGCGAGGAAUCAAUAUAACAAGGACAUCGCCAAGAUCUAUGUGCUGCCGCCCUCGAAGCUGAAGAUCAUCGAGUACAACAUGGAGGCGGCUGUGGGAGAACAAAUUCACCUACAUGUCGCGUUAUACGGCAGACUGGUCAACGGCUCGGACGUCAAGGAGAUACCCUUCAGCGAUUGCGAAGAUGUCCACUUCGACGUGCACAUACCGGGCGGGAAUUUCGUGCAGGAUUACAACAAAGACGUGCAACCAGUUGGAGCCGCUUGUGCCAUAAUAACGGUCACCAAUCACUGUUGUGUCGGCAAAUCCGACAUCACCGUAGCUUACAACGUGAACGAGAAUAAUGCCUAUCGGUAUCUGAUGGAUAACGUUACCUUGUCAGCGUACGAGCCGCUCGUGGCGAUAUACCUGGAAAACAAAGAAACUUUACUUGCGUUGGGCUCCUCGCGGAACGUGGUGUUCAAGGGCGGGCCGCUACCGUGGACCAACAGGUCUCGAGAUUAUUUGCGGGAGAUACACUUGUCCAAUGAGGAGAUCGUUCAAGUAUUGGACGAGGACCCAUCGAAUGUUGGAUCAUUCGAUUGGACAGUCUUCAAGGUGAUCUGCAAGGCCUUAGGCAAAAGCACGCUAACGUACACGGUGUCGAAUGUGCCUCUAUUUCCCAACUGCAAGCAUAAUCGCGCGUCAGAAACGAUCGAGGUGACUUGCGGUAAGCCGAGAUAUAUGUACCUGCAGCCUGAGUUCAAGGACAGUAAGAAAUGCCCGAUCAGCCCAAACACAGACAAGAUCAUCGCGCACAGCGGCAAGCACCUGAAGAUCUCGGUAGUCGUCAAGGACGAAGACGGUAGACGUUUCGACAACGUUACGAGUCUGAGUAUAGAAUGGCACUUGGAGCCAUCGAACAGCGGCUUCGUCGAAGCACCGUCCAAAACGAUAGAGCAGACAUACACCGACAUGAAUGUGAUCUUGCCGAAGAGUCAUUAUCAGAACGUUGUCUUCAAGAGAUACUACGGUACUCUCAAGGUCUUUGCGACCGCCACUGGUUAUCAGAAACAUAUCCUCAACCGGCUAAAAAUCACACCGGAGUGGCCGCCAUUUCCGAUCGAGAACAAAAAGGGCAUACUGGAGACUCCGCUGAUAGAAGCUUCCUUGGAGGCGACCCUAGUGAACGACACCAUCGUCCAUCCGGAUAAACUGAUGAUCUUAAACGACCCGACAAGCAUAUCCUACUUGCAAGUCAGCCAAGGUUCCGGUUACUAUGAAUUCGUGCUGAGCUCAGACGAGAUCGCCGACAUCCGGUACUUGGACACGACACGAACGGUCAGUGUGAUCCCUAGGAAACCGGGUAUACUACAUAUGACGUUAGUGGACCUGUGUCUGCCAUCUAAGCCGGCGGAGGUGGCCGUUGAAGUGCAACAGCUCGCCAUGAUCGAGGUGGACACCGUAAGCAAGAUCGAGAGAGGCAAAUGCGUGACAGCAGCACUCAGGUUGUACGAUACGAAUGGUCACCUGGUGAGGCUGCCAUCGCAGAGCGCGUUGGCCUUCCACGUGGACACCGACAACAAGCAUAUCGAGAUCAAGCAGUUGCCUGUGAACGAACAAGGUUCAGCGCCGUAUGAGCGGAUUCUCUACAAGAUCCACGGCGUGUCAGAAGGUGAAAGUCGAGUGACUUUCAUGAGGAAAGGCGGCAUACGGAGCGACCCGGUCACCGUGCAGGUGUUCUUACCGCUGCGGGUACAACCGCGUAACUUGACAAUCCUCAUUGGCACCAUCUACCAGGUGCAGACAGUCGGUGGGCCACCUAAUGCUGAAGUCGAGUUUUCGACCGAGAGCGGCAACGUGUUGCACAUCGACUGCAACGGCAUCUUCGAGGGCAGGUCGGCGGGUAAGACGAAGGUGUAUGUGCAAGCCGUCGGCUUUGAUGCCCGCGGCAACAAAGUAGUCUACUCGCAGGAUCAAGCAGAUAUACACGUACUACACCUCGAGGACGUGAAGAUCUCGACUCCUGUGGACAGGGUGAAAGCGGGCGCCAUGUUUCCCAUCUGGGCCUUCGGCAUACCCGACUAUCUCACGCCGCUCAUCAUCGGUUCCAUGCAACUACCGCUGAGUUUCACAUGGUCGUCGAGCGACCUCAGCUUACUGACUUUGCACAACAUGUACGAAGGCACCGGGAUCAAUAUUAGGUACCAGAAUCAAGUAUCGCUGAGAGCGAAGGCGCUCAGGCCGGGUUUGGCGACGAUCUACUUGAACGUCACCAUGCCCUGCAAUAUGUUGUCCGGCUGCAAGAACGACGUCAUCUACACCACGUUUGUGAAGAUCGAAAUCUUUGAGGAGCUGCGACUGAUCAAUCCGCCGUCUUCGUGGGACGCCUCGCCGAUAUUCAUGUCACCGAACUCCGUCUUGCAGCUGCGGACGAACCGCGAUAAACACGCUACGACGACCUACAAGAUCCUAUCGAGUGCUUAUGGUAACGAGACAGCGAAUUCACGCGUCUUAACAGCCGUCACGAAGACUGACGUGAGCGUCGACAAGAGCGGAGUCGUGAAGUCUGGUGAUAACUUCGGCCGAACGGUCAUUUCCAUUACGAGUUCGGAAGCAUACAACAAGCAAACUAUGACGCUUGUUGUCGAGGUCAAACCUAUCCACUAUAUGAUGUUGUCUUUGAAAUCCAACUUGCGAAUACGAAACGACGAAGAGCUGAAUAUGCUGCCAAAAGGAAUGGAACUGGAUUACGUAGUCGAAUAUUACGACAAUGUCGGCAAUAAAUUCGACGCGGCUGAGACUAGCAUCAAGGCUAUGCUGAACCGCGUCGAUUUAGCGUUGUUCGUCACGGGUCCGGACAAUGUCAUCACCGCUAAAUUCCUGGAAAAUGGCGAGCUAGUUAUGAAAGCUUACAACGAAAAGAACCCGAACGGAAUGUUCGAUUACGUCCAUAUGAUGAUCGGCGAUAUUGUGUUUCCGACGAAGACCACUCUAACUGUUGGCGAUAUAGUGUGCUUCUCGAUGCCUCUUCUCUCAUCCGACGGAGAUCCAGGAUAUUGGCAGUCUUCUGUUCCUGAUGUACUACUGAUAGACCCAAUUACAGGAAUUGGUCGCGCACGAAGUGCCGGAUAUGCCAUCGUGAAGCAUAGUCUUGCCACGCACGUGCAAAGCGAGAUAGAAGUUGACAUUCUACCGAUUUCGCGGGUAUCCAUUGUGCCUUUGAGAGGAAGAAAUAUCACUGGUACGGAGACAUUUAACGUGCCGUUGGUGCUGAAAAGCAAGGACGAAGAGAUCAAGGAAAAUAACGUCUUAGCGAGAGGUCUGGGCGGCUGCCGGACGUUGUCGUCGUUUGCGCUGAAUGCAUUUCCCUAUACUUGCAACAUUCAGUUCGUGUCGUCGACCAUGUCGCUUAAUGUGAAAGACCUAUUUCUCGUGAAGCAAAGAUUCGACAUUGUAACAGGCUUUUAUUAUUGCGACAUUAUACCGAUGAUCUCUCCGUCUAUAACCACCAGCACACUGGUGAGUCGCAUUCAAAUCAAAGCCCAGAGCCGGGACAUCGAAUCGACAGCGUUGGAACUCAUUUACUUGCCACCUAUGUAUGUCAAUGUCAAAGAAGUUACGUUCGUCGUCACUCAAAAUCAAGCUGCGCCUACUGCGACAUUCGAGGUGUAUGGAUUGCCGUCGGUAUUGGAGCAUCUCACGAUCGAUAUACCCGAGGGUAUAACCAUCACCUGGCAGCAGUACAUUUCCAAAUCUGUGAUACAAUAUAAACUACGUUUGAUACGUAGUCAGGAUGAGAUUCAGGGGCAAAAAGUGUUCGUCGCAAAUGACCUGACUAAGCAAAACAUAUCUCUUUACAUACGUAUGUCGAGGUACAGCAACUUUAUUCCUCUAUAUGGAAUACAAUGGGUGGAUUACAUAUAUUUCCAUAGAUAUACAUUGGGAACCUUCUUCGUCAUCGCGAUUACGAUUUUCUAUGUAUGGAAGAACAAGGUGGCGAAUAUGAACUUGACUGUCAGGAAUAGAAGCAUCUUCGCCGACAGGUCUCCAUUGAUGAUGAGAAAAGGCGGCGGUGUCCCGUGUACAAGUACGUCGACUACCUUCAGCACGUCCAGCCCGCGAUCUACGCACUCUACGCCGCCGAGCCCGUUCUCGGCGUUCGAACGUAGUCAAUUUGGUGAGAGAACAGUCUACGGUGACCCGCGUGGUUUCAGUACCAUACGAUAGAAGAAGCAUGGAAAAGGGUAUAUAAAAUAGAAUUCACAGAUCUCGGAUGGUCGACGAAGACACUUCUUAAAGAGUUCACUACGGUAUUAACUUUGAAAAAUUGUUACAAUGAUUCAUGAUAGACGUGAUAAACAGAUAGUGCUAUUGACUGACUGUUUGAACCAGAUGAUCUUUGCGUUCAAAGCGAUAAAGCGAGUAUGUACAUAUGUCAUAUAUAUACUGGAGUGCAUCAUAUCGUGCCGCGUCAGGGGAAGCGGAUCCGUUAGAGAAGAAAGCAUGGAGAAAGUGCGCAGUAGAUGGGAUCCGCCGGAGAAGUACUUCCCCUGACGCGGCACGAUAUGAUGCAUCCCAGUGUAUAUUUAGUAAUAUUUAAUAAUGCUGCACAGUAUGAUUCGUGUAAUUGUGUAAUUGUGCGUGUGUGCAUACGUAUGUAUAUAUGUGGUGUGCAAGUGUAUGUGUAAACGCGUGCAUAAAAUAUGAUCGCGACUAAACCGGUCAUUAACAAUAUUAUGAUUACGUAUACUCUCUCUUUUAUGCACUAGUUCGUUUCUAUUAUAAUAUAUACAAUUACUAGUCAAGAAGUCAUAUUUUUGUUUACAUCAAUAAAAAAUGGCAGAGGACUUACCGUUGUCCAGCGCGCGUGAUAUCGCACAUUACUGUAGGGAAAUACUUGUCUUUUGCAUCUUUCGAUAUUGUAAUGCUUUAUACUUUCAUAAAUAAUGUUUAUUACAAAAGUAGAUGUAUGUUAGCAGAACAGUCGUGUUCCCUACAAUAGUAUGUGAAAACAGAAAAAUGACCUAGAUGUAUCUUAGAGUACAGCAUCAGUGUUUCUUUGUAUUUUUCAGUAGUUUCUCGUAUUUACUCUUGCUUGAAUACCACAGAGCGAACGGAAUAGCUAGUGGAGGUAGAGUCAUCACAGCGAAAGCAGCCCAGUCGAUCUGUAACGCAACAUGAUAUGACUGCAUAUGACGAAACAUUGUCG